GUUCGUCUGAUUCUCACCUUGUCUUAUAAUCUCCUCCUCUCUGUCUAACAGAAGAGACACCCACGUCACCCCGCCUCACCCCCUCACCUCCUCGACCCCCGAUCCUCGACCCCUCAACCGCACGUACCCGCAGGGCCACUGCCACCCGCCGACUCGCACCCCCCACUAUGCCGCCAUACUCGAGUCAGCAGAAACAGCAAAUCACCCAGUUUAUCAACUUCACACAAGCCAAGGACACGGUGGCUGCUAAAUUCUUAAGGGCGGCUCGGUGGAAUGUAGAAGAAGCCGUCGAUGCCUACUUCCAAAGCCCCCAAGGCACAGGGGGGGCCAACACAUCAUCCCUAGGCAAGAUCUUCGACAGCUAUCGCGAUGACCCCCAAGAUAACCCCGACGGGAUCGGCAUCGACGGCGCGAUGAAAUACCUCGGCGAUAUCCACGUCCAGCUCGACGAGAUCACCUGUCUUGGUAUUGCCGAGCUGCUCAAGUCGCCGUCUAUGGGGGAGUUUACGCGCGAGAACUUCCUAGCGGGGUGGAGAGCAGUGGGAUGCGACACCCUCGACAAAAUGAUCGCCUACGCAAACUCCCUCCGCACCCGCAUCCCCACCGAACCAGACCUCUUCCGCCGCAUCUACCGCUACACGUUCCCGCUCUGCCGCAUGCAAGGGCAGCGCAACCUGCAAUUCGAGAUCGCCAGCGAACAGUGGACGCUGUUCUUCACGGCCGACAACGGCGGCGUGCAGUGGGAUACGCCCACGACGCCGUGGCUGGAGUGGUGGAUUGCGUUCCUGGAGGAGCGCGGCCGGAAGCCCGUGAAUAAGGAUCUGUGGGAGCAGCUGGAGGUGUUUAUGCGGAAGACGCGCGAGGAUGAGCGCUUUGGGUGGUGGAGUGCGGAUGGGGCGUGGCCGGGGGCGUUGGAUGAUUUUGUGGCGUGGGUGCAGGAGAAGAGGGGGUGAUUUUUAUAGCUUUCUUUUGUU